CUGUACUAUAUAUGAUAUCUAUACACGCGAUUCGUUUGCUAGCCGUCACCUGUCGAGGUUGAUAGAAUCUUUGAACUUGCUCUUGAGAUGUACUUUCAAUUCAGACAUGUUCUUCUCACAAUCGUCUGCCGCACUCUUGAGCUCCUCAAUCGCUGAGUCAAGGGAUUCACCAUCAGCCUCAAUUUGCUCCUGUGCUUUCUCUAGCGAGAUGCUCACGAAAGCGUCUCCAAGCUUGUACAGCACCGGCGCAUCCUCAUCAGCGAGUUCCAACUCCAUAGAAAGAUCAUCAAGCUGCUCGCGCUCAGUCUUUCUAUCAGUAAGGAGUUCCUCUAUAUCUUCCAGGCGUUUAUUGUAUUUCGAGAAUGCAUUUAUCCUCGACUGGUCCUCCCAAGUGACCUCCUCUGUGGCAUCUGCCUGUUCAUUUCCGAGCAUAGAUAACGAGCUCAUGACUGUCAACCUUGAACAGCAUCAACGAGGGCGAAAAUGAUAAGAAUAGAGGACAGUAUAUCCGGGAUUAACAUACAGAAAACAUGGCUAAUGACGCAGCCAAUAAAAUACCUCUACAUCUUUGGAGUAUGCUUAUCAAUCGUAUUGUUAGCCCCACUAUGGGCCAUACUCGAUUAUCCGCUCUCGAAUCGACCUUCACCGGAUUGGCCAUUAAGCAGAUGUAUACGCAUACGCGCCUUUAGGAUGAUCGAACCCACUAUACCCCUCUGCGCAUUCGACAGAGAUCUGGGACGUUUGCCGACCCAUAUGCCUAUCGUAGCUUUACUUAGGAGGUCUAAAUUCAAUUGGAUACCACCUUUAUCUGGAAAAUGGCUCAAUGAGUGGCUCUCGAACUUGAUAGAUAGUGUUGAGAAACUGCGUAUCACAAAUGAGGAGGAAGUUGGCGUACUUAAUGCACGCUGGCUAAUGGAUUAUACUCCUAAACUCGAGAGCUGUCGCCCUACUCAAAUACCGGGAUAUAUGUACUUCGAUGAGCGGGUGCUGCCUCUCACAGCCCGUGAUGCAGGCUACCCGGUCGGAAAUGACGAACGAGUUAUGCUACAAUUCCAUGGUGGUGGUUAUGUUGUCGGCAGUGCACACGAAACGGACUCAACCGCGCCUCUUUGCAAGGAUUUCAUAAAGUACAAUGCCGUGCAAAGGAUAUAUAGUGUCGACUAUCGUUUAGCUUGGUAUGCACCAUUUCCAGCAGCGCUGGUAGAUGCUCUCAGCGCAUGGGCGCACCUCGUCGAGGAUCUUGAUAUACCAGCUUCACAAAUCAUCGUCAGUGGGGACAGUGCGGGAGCAAACCUGGCACUUGCUUUGACGACAUACCUCCGUGAUAAUGGCUUUGCGCUCCCUGCAGGCCUUGCCUUACAUUCUCCCUGGACGGACAUGACAUUCUCCCGUCGAUCUGAACAGUCGUUUAACGAAAACAGCAAGACAGAUAUUCUCGAAAAGACGCUAGCACCCUACGCUGUGAAGAUGCUCACUCGUUAUGUGGGUGUGGAUAUGAUACACUCGCCCUAUCUUUCCCCUCUCUCACGGGAAAACUGCAAACGUAGUGAGACAUUCAAAGGGUUCCCACCAUGCUUCGUUAUCGCAGGCGAGUGCGAAAUGCUGCUUGACGAGUGUCGCGAUCUCCAUUUGUCUCUCGUGAAGGCAGGUGUGAGGUCAUCUUUCCAUAUCGUCAAAAGGGGCGUACAUGACCCUGCGAUGUUUGAUAGUUGGCAGGAGCCUGAGAGGAGUGAGAUGUUUCUCUCUUUAGCAAGCUGGAUCGACGGAUUAUUCAGAACGACGAAAGACUAUGGAUUAGAUGAAGAGGUGUAAAAUGUAAAAUGUAAAUGUAGAUUAAAUUCCCAAUCUUUCUUCUAAAGUUUGCUGCUGCCUGCGUCUCUCGUUUGCCUCAAUCGCGUUGUAAGGAGUGUCAAUAGAUUGUCUGGUCGUAUCUUGCGGUUUACUUGAUUUAUUCUGUAAGUCUUUACUAAAUUCUAAUAAAUCCUGCUGAGUGAGCGUUAUCUCGGUUGGAUUCCGUCGGAGC